AUGGAUUCUUCGCUGCAUGAGGUCUGGCAAGCUGCUGCUGGCAGUCCCUUCUUCCCUACUGUGAGCAAAGGAAGCCAGUUCUGGGUCGCCUUUUCUUUGCUCCUCCUCGGAUUCUCUCUCACCGGUGUAUUUGCCCUCAACCGCACACUCGUCAACGUACCUGUACUAGGCAUUCCAGCCUCCAUCGCCAUCGCUCACAAUCUCGAAAUGGCUCCAGACGCUCAGCCAAUCUUCCGCGCAGUUGCGACUUCGACCAGGCCACUGUAUCAACUUCUCAGGUGCAUCAACUUUGCACCGAGAGUUCACGUUCAAAUUACAGAGGAUGGCGUUCGUUUCGCUGCUGACCAUGCACGGGUGAUGCAAGGAGUUGCAUUCCUCGAUAAAGCUCUCUUCUCAUCAUAUACAGCCAAUCUCCCUGCUCAGGAUGGCGAUAACCCGCUCGAGCUUCCUAAUUUUCAACUUUCAUUAUCUUCUGUUCUCGAAGUACUCCAGAUUUUUGGAGCCGUAGAUGUAGCCACACGGGCACAAAAAGCAGACCAGGAUCCUUAUCGCAGCAAUCUUCGGAACUAUCGGCCUGAUGCUUUCAGUAACCAAACUCUCGGUAUUUCUGGCACCUGUACCCUGCAGUACAGCCAAGAGGGUGAUCCAUUCAAGAUCACCAUCGAGGAGUCUGGCGUUAAGACAACGGCAUCAUUGACAACCUAUCUACCAGAAAUACCUGAUGAUAUUCCAUUUGACCGCAAUGAUCUGUCCUUCAAAAUCAUUAUGCAAUCUCGAACACUACUCGAUUCUAUGGCGGAGAUUUCUCCAACAGCUCCGACGAAGCUAACUAUCACAACUACCAAAACCUCGCCAUUUCUAUCUCUUGCUGGUGUCGGAGAUCUUGGAAGCUCAGGAGUGGACUUCGCCCGUGGAAGAGACCUUCUCGAAACCUUCAACGUUCAGGAACGCUGGUCUCAGGCGUACAAGUUUGACUUUAUCAAGAAUUCAACAGAAGCAAUGCGGAUAGCCACUAAGGUUAGUUUACGAGGGGAUGGUCAGGGGGUGCUGAGUCUGCAAUUCAUGGUAGAUAUUGAAGGUGGCAAGCGAAGCUUCUUGGACUUUCGGUUCGUUCCAUUCAUCUCGCACGAUGAGGACGAUGAUGAAGAUGAUGAGGCAGAGGAGGCUGGCGAAGUAGACUAG